CUGACAGCUGGUUCAGACAGGAGUUGUGUAGUCGGCCAGCUAAGAGAGGACCGGUUGAUGGACCAGGUUUCCCUCCGGAGGAUAUUCUACCGAAGCGGUUGAGGGGCAGGCUACCGGACCGAACCACCCGAAGCCACAGCGUCCCGGCCGGUCCUGCCAUGGACGAACAGGCGGGCCCCGGUGUCUUCUUCAACAACAGCGGUGGGAAUAUUAUUAAAGCUCCGCAGACUGGGGACGUCGGGGGCGGAGAGGCGGCCAGGGCUCAGUACAACAUCCCGGGGAUUUUACACUUUCUCCAGCACGAGUGGGGCCGCUACGAGGUGGAGAGGUCGCACUGGGAUGUCGAGCGGGCCGAGCUGCAGGCUCAGAUCGCCUUCCUGCAGGGGGAGAGGCGCGGCCAGGAGAACCUGAAGAAAGACCUGGUGAGACGGAUCAAGAUGCUCGAGUACGCCCUCAAACAGGAGAGGGCGAAGUUUCAUAAACUGAAGUAUGGAACCGAGCUGACCCAGGGAGAGAUCAGAGCUCCGAGUUAUGACUCAGAUGAUGGGAACGACAGUGAGGCUCCCAGUCCUCCCAACAGCAGCCAUCAGCUCAGCUGGAAACAAGGACGCCAGCUGCUCAGACAGUACCUGCAGGAGGUGGGUUACACCGACACCAUCCUGGAUGUGAAGUCUCAGCGAGUGCGAGCGCUGCUCGGUCUGACCGGAGACUCCGGAGACGGACCUUCGGAGCGGAGAGACGAGCUGAUGGUCAAUGGCACGGAGACGUCCUCCCCGAGGGACAGCGCCAUGCUCAGUAAACCGGAGAUGUCGGACUCGGCCGGCGUGCUGGAGGCCUUUAAGUUCAUAGAGAGCGCCGCGGCAGAGUUCAGCGAUGAAGACGAGGACGAGGACAGCCAAGGACGGGACAGGACCGUCUUAGACGUGGCGACGAUGGUGAGGAAGAAACUGCCGUCCACGGCGUCUUCGUCAGCGUCGGAGCUCAGCGACGACCCCGACACGGAGGAGGCUCUGAAGGGUUUCGACUUCUUGGCGAGUCCCGACGAGAUGGACGGCUCGCCGGAGUAUCGGAGCGGCGAGGACAGCGGCGAGUGGGAGAAGGAUGACCCAUCCCCUGGGGGGGAACUGUCCUGGGACGUGGACCAGGGACUGAUCGCCCAGCUCAAGGAGCAGUACAGGAAGGAACGCAAGGGCAAGAAGGGGGUGAAGAGACCGAACCGGUCCAAGCUGCAGGACAUGCUGGCUAACCUGCGGGACGCCGAGGAGCUUCCCUCCAUGCAGCCGCCCGUAACGCCCCCGUCCCGCCCGGCGGUCCCCAGACUCAAUGAGAAUGAACUGGGACGCCCCGAAGACGAAGCGAUGACCUUCCUGGCGUCGUCGGGGAAGUCCUUCAUCCUGGGCCGGGUGGACGAGGCGGUCUCUAACGAGCUGGGUCUGGGAGAACUGGCCGGGCUCACGGUGGCCAACGAGGCCGACAGCCUGGCGUACGACAUCUCCAGCAGCCAGGAUGCCCUGAGGAAGACCUGGAACCCUAAGUUCACCCUGCGGAGCCACUUUGACUCGGUGCGGAGCCUGGCCUUCCACCCGGUGGAGCCGAUCCUCGUCACCGCCUCCGAGGAUCAGACCCUCAAACUGUGGAACCUGCAGAAGACCGCGCCCGCCAAGAAGUGUGCUGCUUUGGACGUGGAGCCCAUCUACACAUUCAGAGCUCACAGCGGCGCGGUGCUGUGCGUCACCAUGAGCUCCAGCGGCGAGCAGUGCUUCAGCGGCGGCGUGGACUCUACCAUCCAGAGCUGGAACACCCCCAACCCCAACAUCGACCCCUACGACUCAUAUGAGCCCUGUGUCCUGCGUGGGCCUCUGUGUGGUCACACAGACUCGGUGUGGGGUCUGGUCUACAGCUCGGCCCACCAGCGCCUCCUCUCCUGCUCCGCCGACGGGACGGUCCGGCUGUGGGACGCCGCAGACACCUCGCCAUCGCUCGCUGUCUUCAACCACAGAGGAGAGCUAGGAGUCCCGACCUCGGUGGACCUGGUCCGGAGUGAGUCUGACCACAUGGUGGCCUCUUUCAGCAGUGGCCACAUCGGCCUCUUCAACAUGGAGACGCAGCAGCUGGUCCUGAAGCUGGACUCGGCCGGACCGCCAGAAGCUCCCUGCCAGAUCAACAAAGUGCUGAGUCAUCCCACGCUGCCGAUCACCAUCACAGCCCAGGAGGACCGGCACAUCCAGUUCUUCGAUAACAACACAGGUAAAGUGAUCCACUCGAUGGUGGCCCACCUGGACUCUGUCACGUGUCUGGCCGUGGAUCCCAACGGACUCUACCUCAUGUCAGGAAGUCAUGACUGCUCCAUCCGUCUGUGGAACAUGGAGAGUAAGACCUGCAUCCAGGAGUUCACGGCUCACCGUAAGAAGUCGGAGGAGUCCAUCCACGACGUGGCCUUCCACCCCACCAAGAGCUACAUCGGCAGCGCCGGCGCCGACGCGCUCGCCAAGGUCUUCGUAUGACAACCAACCAGCCAGGGAGGGGUCCUGGG